UUGGGAAAAGAUGGCCACCGCUCUGCUGCUCCUGCUUCAGCUGGUCUCACUGGCGUCUGCAUCACAUCACUACGGGGGAACCGUGUCCUUCAGCUACAAAGGAAGAAACCCUGAUGGAUCAUUUAGGGUGGACUUUCGAAACAGGGCGACCUAUGAUGGGUGUCAGUAUUCCCAUUCCUGGAGCUGUUACAACAACAACUGUGGCUUUGUCACUAAUCAACAGAGAGGCACAAUUGACAGGAGCACCAAUGCACCGCAAUUUAACAGACAAUGGUGUGAAACAGAAACAGUUCAACAAAGAAAAGUCCCAACUGACAAACCGUUUCAGAUGAGGGCAAGUAGCUGUUGUUGGACCAAAACACGAAACAGAGUUUCAGGUUGGAGACUUCUAACUCAAGUAGAUUUGGGAACAAGAUCUGACACUGGCAAACCAAACAGAUCCCCAGACAUUGCCAUUCUACCUUUCCUACGAGUUCCCCAGAACUGCCCACGGACCUACAAGCUGAUGUCCUUCGACCCUGAUGGCGACACAGUUCGCUGCAGAUAUGGAAAUAUCAGAAAUAUAGAGUGCAGCGGAUGUAACCAACCUUCAGGCUUUGUCUUGGAUCAGGGUUCCUGCUCCUUAUAUUACCGCAAUGCCAACACCGACCCAAGUGUUUUUGGAUUUGAGUUGGUGGUGGAGGACUUCCCGCAAAGGCCCAUCUCUCUGUCCUACACCGAUGGAACCCAAUCCUACAAGGCUCCACUGAUUCCCAUGAGGCAUAAACGAGCCCAACAAUGGUGGGGGCUUCAUCAUGCCACUCCAGCACCAAACACGACUGAAGUGCCAACGCCAACCCCAUGGUGGUGGCAUCAUAAUCAAACUCCAGCACCAACCACGACUGAAGUGCCAACCCCAUGGUGGUGGAAUCAUAAUCCAACUCCAGCACCAACCACGACUGAAGUGCCAACCCCAUGGUGGUGGAAUUAUAAUCCAACUCCAGCACCAACCACGACUGAAGUGCCAAACACAACCCCCUGGUGGUGGCUUCAUCGUGCAACUUCAGCAACAACCACGACUGAAGUGCCAACCCCAACCCCAUGGUGGUGGCAUCAUAAUCCAACUCCAGCACCAACCACGACUGAAGUGCCAAACACAACCCCAUGGUGGUGGCAUCAUAAUUCAACUCCAGCACCAACCACGACUGAAGUGCCAACCCCAUGGUGGUGGAAUUAUAAUCCAACUCCAGCACCAACCACGACUGAAGUGCCAAACACAACCCCCUGGUGGUGGCUUCAUCGUGCAACUUCAGCAACAACCACGACUGAAGUGCCAACCCCAACCCCAUGGUGGUGGCAUCAUAAUCCAACUCCAGCACCAACCACGACUGAAGUGCCAACCCCAACCCCAUGGUGGUGGCUUCAUCGUGCAACUUCAGCAACAACCACGACUGAAGUGCCAACCCCAACCCCAUGGUGGUGGCAUCAUAAUCCAACUCCAGCACCAACCACGACUGAAGUGCCAAACACAACCCCAUGGUGGUGGCUUCAUCGUGCAACGUCAGCAACAACCACGACUGAAGCGCCAACCCCAACCCCAUGGUGGUGGCAUCAUCAUACUACUACCACACCAACCCCACGUCUGACAUCAGCCUCACUCCCACCCACCACAACCAAACCGCGGCUGCAUACAUCUCCAACCACAAAAGACAACCGGCCCAUGCAUGGCACCACGCCUCCUCUCAGUAAACUGCCUUUGCAAUUCUCCUUUCUUGUGGACCCACCUGCUCCCUCAUGUGUUGAUGGACUCUACUUGCCAACGUUUGUGCACCCAACACCUGAAAAUGGACAACACAUCAAUGCAGAGGUCAACAAAGAAGUGGAGAUCAGAGUUCGAGCACAAGCUUCACAUGCAACACUACAUGAUAUCAUCAUCAGUGGGCCACUGAAUAUCAGAAAGCACAGAAGCACACGUGGAGACUUUGUCAUUAGGUGGACGCCUGGCCCUGAUGAUGUGGGGGAUCAUUACCCAAUCUGCUUUGCUGUUGAAUCAGUAAUUGAUCCCGCCACCUAUCAAAAGGACCAUGUCCACGUCCCACAAUCUCCACAGUCCGGAAUCUAUCAGUCCGAGAUGAGGUGCGUUCUGGUGAACAUCGGUAAAAGGCUAAUUGAAUCCCAUGUGACCUGCCAUGAGUCCUCAAUGACGGUAGAGGUUAUCAGAUCUUCUCUCCCUGGACUUCAUGAGGAUCAUUUACGCCUCAAUGACCCCAGCAACACGGCCUGCAACCUGCAGAGGAAUUCCAACAUCACGCACAUCAUUGCGGUCGUACCCCUCAACGCCUGCGGCACUCAGAUCGAGGAAGAUGAGGAAAACUUGGUUUUCAAAAAUGAAAUCACCACGGUGGACAGCGUACACGACCUGAUCACCAGGAACCAUCUGCUGGAGGUCCAGUUCUACUGCCAGUACCCCAAACGUGGGAACGUGUCGCAGGGCUUCACAGCACACAGGAGGAAUGUGGUGGUGUGGGAUAAAGGCUUCGGAAAGUUCACCUAUGAGUUUGAGUUCUACCCAGACAGCCAAUAUAGACAAAUGAUUGAUCCAGCGCUGUACCCUCUGGAGUACGAUGUGAAGAACAGGAUCUACAUGCAGAUAGAGGCCAAAUCUACCGUCAACAACACCCAGCUGUUUGUGGAGUCCUGCAGCGCGGCGCCGUAUGACACCCCCAACUACUGGCCAACAUACUCCAUCAUCGAGAAUGGGUGUACUGUUGAUCAGACGGUUCAAGUGCAUUCGAAGGCCAACCCCAGAGAGUUCAGGUUCAGCAUGGAGGCCUUCCAGUUCAUCGGCUUGCACGACCAGGUGUACAUCAGCUGUUCAGUGCUGAUGUGUGAGGCAGGGAGCAGCGGCACCAGGUGCUCACAGGGGUGCAUCAACUCCCCCCUUACUGGGCAUCAUAAUCACCGCAAGAGAGAGGCCAUCACUCAGAGCGCCAGACACUUCAUUUCCCAGGGUCCUCUGCGUUUGAAGAGAUCAGCGGAGAGCACCGGGAGCCCAGGGACCCCCAUGAAUCUGAACCUGGUGUUCAUCGUUGGAUGUCUUCUUGCAGCCGUUGGCAUGAUCAGUGCAGUGGCCCUGUACAAAGUCAAAGCAUCAAAGAUCAAAUACCAACCGUUGGCCUCUUUUGAAAACUAAAAAAAGCGGCUAGUUGAGAAUAUCCAUUUAUUGUUCCUGAGGUAUGGGUUAGAAGUGGUUUUAAUUGUGGUAUUAACCACUGUUUACUGUUUAAUCCCAUAUGGCUUUACAAGUGAUUGUUCUUUCAUGUACUGCAUUAUGAUUUAAAACUUGAUUGAAAUGUGUGCCGCCCAAUCAUAAUAAUGCUAAAUGUCAUUAUUACAUUUUCAGCCUUAACGUCAAGUCAUUUAUGCUUAAGGUCUCAAUAAAAACAUA